ACUAUGAUGGUUAGACAUAUAAAAGGAGAACAUCCAACAAUUGUCAGUCAGAGUGUGAAUAGUCUUCUUUCCGGUUUUGAAAUACACGUUCAUAACUUACAAAGCAAAUAUGAUGUAUUCUCUAAUCUUGGCUGCAGUUAUGUUCAUUUCAGUGGUAAAUUGUAUUCCACAACCACCUCCUCUAACAGAGGAAAUGAAGAAAAAUAUGGAUGAAUGCCGUACAGAACUUGGAUUAACAAUAGAGGAAGAAAGAGAGCUUCAUAAGAAGCGCGAUUUUGAUAACGAAAAAAUGCGUUGUAUACCAGCUUGUUUGAUGAAGAAAGAUGGCAUCCUUCAAGACAACAAAGAAAUUAAUAUGGAUAAGUGGUACGAAAAAAUACAACAAUUUAAAGAUCUCACUGAUGAUAUGAAGAAAUCAUUACAAGAUUGUUAUGAACAAGUGAAAAGCAAAGAAGAGGAUGAAUGUAAAUUUGCCCAUCUAUUAAUGCAUUGUACACACAGAGUAAUCGGACAUCCGCCAGGCCCACACAGAGAAAAUUAAUUUAAAUACAAAAAUAACUUUAGAUGAUUUUCUUUGGUUCAACUCAAACAAUAAGCUUAAUAUUAAUAAAUAAAAAAUAUCUUUUA